CAUAUAUAAAGACGACUCUACUCGUCUUCUCUUUGCUGAUAAAGUGAAGCACGGAGCUACGCUUCUCUAAAUUGCUUCCAAAUUCUUUUUUCUUUUCCUUUUUUUGGAGAAAUUUUAUUUGUUUAAUUCGGAACGUUUUCCGAUGAACCGACAAAUCCAAGUUUAAGUGAAUCGAAAGGAAGAAGGCCUUUCGGGUUUUAUCUUUUUCGUUGGAUCUGAGUAAAAAUUUUGCGGAGGUUAUGGAGGCUACGACUUGUUUCCAUUGGUCACAACCGUUUAUUCCUCAUUGUCCUUCUUCUCCGCAAACACUAGCCUCCACCGUACUCUCGCCGUCCUCCCCCAAACGCCGGAACUAUGCCGACGGGGGAUCUCUCGUGUGGCGGUGCGUUCACCGGUUCGAGCAAUCGAAUCUGUUUGGUUCUUCAUCGACGAAGCUCCAUCGGUCGCGAUCUUGCGAGAUUCUGAAGCUGACGAGUCGGAGUAUCAAGAGAACUUGUAGUGCGAGUUUGGAUGCCUUCUCGGACGAGGAAUUUUCCAAGAAGAUUCAGGAAUUCGAGCUCAGAUUCCAACACUCAGCCGAUGAGGAUGAAACUGCCGGUAGCAGUACCAGUAGCAGUAGCAGUAACGGUUCCUGUGCGGAUUUAGAUUCGGUUUCGGAAUUUGUGGAGCCGUCGUGGCCGGAAACAGGUCAUGAACCGCCGGAUUGGCCGCGGCCUGACGAGCUUGUUCCGGCAAUGAUUGAGCGGAGGGCGAAUAGCUUCGAUCUUCCGGUUUCGCUUAGAAUGAUAAAGAAGAAGUUACAAUGGGAAGAGGAUGUUAGAGAAUCGGCGGAAUCUUCUCAUUGCUCCGUCAAAAAGGCUUUCUCCUCCGUUGUGUUCAUGAUUCGUGAACUUCAUAGCUACACUCUACGGCUGCGAGAGAUUCUUUACUUCGAAGAUCUACAGAGCAUUCUCGUUCGUGUCCAGAAAGAAUCUCAAGCUUCAUUCGUUUGGCUAUUUCAGCAAGUUUUCUCUCACACUCCAACACUAAUGGUCUCUGUUAUGAUCCUCUUGGCUAAUUUCACCGUCUACUCCAUGGGGAACAACGCCGCUUUAGCUUCCACUUCGCCGCCACCAGCCGCCGUGGCUUCCGUCGUCGAAUCAAACGACCAAUACCACUCCAAGUUUGACUCAUCCACCAUCAAAACAUUCUCGGUCUCCUCCUCAAGUGGAAAAACAACGUCCAUUGGCGGGAACAAUGGCGGUGGAGGAAAAGUACGACCGAUCGCCGGCGGAGUCGACGAUGACGGACAGUUCAAUCAAUCCAAUCAAUACCGAACGAUCCUCCCCGAUAACGCCUCUCAGGUUUCUUCAUUUGGAACGACGGCGGAGGCAGAGUCGGUCUCAAACAGAGAGGAGGAGUUGGAGGAAGCCAGUUUGUGGAACUCAGUAGUGGAAGAAGCUUCAAAGAUGCGGCAAUGGCGAGAUGAAAUUAUUGAUGGGGAUGCGUUUCGGAAUCUGGUAUCGCCGGUAACGGCGAAUAUCGAAACGGAUGAUUACACAGAGUAUUUAAGAACAGAGCUUCUUUAUCAAACAGGCCUUCUUCAAGAACCUAACAAUCCUCUCCUUCUUACGAACUACGCCCAGUUUCUGUACCUCGUCGCUCAUGAUUAUGACAGAGCGGAGAAGUAUUUCAAGCGAGCCGUGGCGGUGGAGCCGCCGGAGGCAGAGGCGUUCGACAAAUACGCCGCCUUCUUGUGGCAGGUAAGGAACGAUUUGUGGGCGGCGGAGGAGACUUUCUUGGAGGCUAUUUCUGCGGAUCCUGGGAAUUCUUACUACGCCGCUAACUACGCCCAUUUUCUAUGGAACACCGGCGGCGAUGACACGUGUUUCCCUCUCGACUCGCCAGAAGCUUGAGAAUUUAUUUUUCUCAUAUUAAACCAAUUGUGAGAACCGAUCAGUCUCCGGCGGCAACGGCGGCAGUGGUUGCUGGGACAACGGCGAGGUUUGUACGGAAAGUGGUGGUGGGAUGGGUGGUCGGUCGGGCAUUGAAUGAGAAGAAAUAUUGAGUUUCUUUAAUCGGUUUGUAGCAUCUUCACGUGGCUAUGUUAUGCAAUGUCACAAAUGUAUAUUUUUAAUUUUAAUUUUUGGUCUUUUGGUCUUUGUUAAUACAUAACUUUUCUUUUCUUUCGUAAUAAAAUACAGAUUUGAAAUGUGAUA